AAUAAUGAAGAUGUGGCGCCUUCUAGAAUCUUUUUCUCUAUACCUACAACAAGUGCUAGAACUCUCUAUUAUUCGCACGCCUAGAGAGCAGUGAAAGGGGAACUGACAAAAAAGCAGGAUUCGCUGUAGUAACGAUAGUGGGUGUGUUGUGACGGUGAUAUGUUUACAAACAAAAAGAUCGAGAGCGGUAAAAUUGAAUUUAAAAACAAGAGACAAUAAUUAAUAAUAAAAAUAAACGAACUUAGACGUAGAGAAAAAUAAGUUAGCAUUUAAAGCACGGGCAUUAUUAAUUCGUAUUUUCAUUCAUUUUCUUUUUCAUUUUUACGUUGAUAGCAUGUUAAAAUUAUUAUUGCACUAAUUUUCUCGCCAAAUAACAAAUAUGUGGGUGUAUAUAAUUGAUAGUGGUAAACCUAGGCGACAUUAGAUCAUAACGGCUCGUGCUGUUUAUUAGAACAUUUUACUAGUACCAGUAGUUUUUUAAUAGAUACGAAAUUUUAAAAUUAAAAUUCGUAUGUACACAACUUCCGGUUAGAUUUUCAGGAAAUUUUGUAUAUGCCUCCAGUUAACAUUGCAACAGAAACAGUUUUAGUCCAGAAGUUGUCGCCUUCCAGCGAUUUAAUUUUGUGGAAUUGGUAUACUAAAUAAACCAGUUGUUAUAAAGACAUAGGCUAUUUUAAAAUUAUUACAUCUUCAAGGACAAAAACCUAUGUAAAGACGUUUGUUUAUUUUGAUUGGGUAACUUGCAAUACCCUGGAAGUAAAUAUUACACGUGAAAAGUAGCAGUUUCAGUUCGCAAUUCACCAGGAUAGUUCAAUGGGAAUCGUUAAAUAAAUGUCUAAAUAAAAACAUGAAAGAAAAUCCUUAUUUGGAUGAUGGUUAUAUGAAUAGUCCAGCAAGUACUCCAGAUACAUCCAUUAGCGAUGAGAAGUUAUUGUUUCGUUCCUUACGAGACAAGUCGAGCUACAGAAAUAAAUGGAUUGACAUCAGAAAUGUUCCUAUUGCCAUUAUAACAAUCAGCGUCUUUCAGUUGUUUUGUCAUGCCUACUUUACGCCUACUUUGAAUAAAUGCCUUAGAUUUGAACCCAUUAAAAGAUGGGAAGUGUGGAGAUUUGCUACAUACAUGUUAGUGCACGAUGAUUGGUCUCAUUUGACAUUAAAUGUAAUUAUCCAGUGUAUCUUUGCAGCGUUUUUAGAAAGAAAGCAGGGCCAUCUGAGAGUACUGAUCAUAUAUUUGGCUGGUGGAAUUACGGGAGUAUUAGGAGCCACUUGUGUUCAUCCAAAUCUUGUGAUUGGAUCUUCUGCUGGAGGAUACUCACUACUAUUAUCUAAUGCAGCAGAUCUCAUUUUGAACUACGAAAUUAUCACAUACAAACUUUACCGUUCUGCCUCGAUCGCCACACUAGUGUUAUUCGAUAUCAUCUUUGAUGUUGUCCAUGUUUCAUCAAAAAAGGAGCCCCAAGUAUCCUGGCAAGCUCAUCUCGUUGGAGCAGUUACAGGUCUACUUUUAGGUUUAGUAAUAUUCCAAUGUGAUACAACUCGACACGCUACAUUAAGGAAAUCGUUCUUUUGGUUGGGAUGCAUUUUAUAUUGUGUUUUACUGGUAACAUUUAUUAUUGUAGCUGUUCAAAUCGGGAAGUGUACACCGCCUGAAAUAAUUCGUGUUCAUUAUAUUUAUAUGUGUUAA